GAAUACAAGCAAGCCGUGCUAGUCGUUGAGUGGAACGAAAGAAGCAGAAAUAUCGUAAAAUCUGUGCACAAAAAUGGCUCUACACGUCCCGAAAGCGCCCGGUUUUGCGUCGAUGCUCAAGGAUGGGGCACGGGCAUUUUCCGGUCUCGAGGAAGCGGUGUACCGGAAUAUUGACGCGUGCCAGGAGUUUGCUCGUUCGGUGCGGUCGGCCUACGGUCCAAAUGGUAUGAACAAGAUGAUCAUCAAUCACAUCGAAAAGCAGUUUGUCACAUCGGACGCCGGCACCAUCAUGCGCGAGCUGGACGUGGAACAUCCGGCGGCGAAGCUGAUGGUCGAAGCAAGCCACAUGCAGGAGGCGGAAGCUGGUGACGGUACGAACUUUGUCGUCAUCUUCGCGGGAGCACUGCUUGAGCUGGCCGCAGAGCUGCUACGUCUGGGCGUCACAAGCAGUGACAUCACCGAGGGUUACGAAAAGGCGCUAACGAAAGCCCUCGAUAUCCUGCCCACGCUGGUCUGCCACGAGGUGAAGGACUACCGCAGCCUCAUUCCCGUGCGCAACGCCAUCCGGGCGACGGUGAUGUCUAAACAGUUCGGAAACGAGGACUUCCUAGCCGAUCUGAUCGCAAAGGCAUGCAUUUCGAUCCUGCCCGAAAAGACCACAUUCAACGUGGACAACAUUCGCGUGUGCAAGAUCCUGGGCAGCGGUCUGCACAUGUCCGAGGUGGUACCCGGUAUGGUGUUUAAGCGGUUCGUCGAGGGUGAGGUGUGCUCGGCGUCGAAGGCGAAAAUUGCACUGUUCUCCUGCCCGGUCGACAUCAUCCAGACGGAAACGAAGGGCACGGUGCUAAUCAAGUCGGCCGAAGAGCUGAAAACAUUCAGUCAGGGCGAAGAGAAUCUUCUCGAGCAGCAGAUCAAAGCAAUCGUCGAUACGGGCGUCACGGUGAUCGUUUCGGGGGGUAAGUUUGGCGAUAUGGCACUCCACUAUCUGAACAAGUACGGCAUCAUGGCGGUGCGACUGAACUCGAAGUUCGACCUGCGGCGCCUGAGCAAAGCGGUCAAUGGCACGGUGUUGCCCCGGUUCACGCCACCCAGUUCCGAAGAGAUCGGGUACUGUGACAACGUGUACGUACACGAGUUGGGCGACACGUCGGUGACGAUCUUCAAAUCGGAGGGCACCGAUAGCCGCAUCGCAACGAUCGUUAUCCGUGGUUCGACCGACAACUACAUGGAUGAUAUCGAGCGCGUGAUUGACGAUGGCGUGAACACGUUCAAGGGGUUGACUCGUGACGGCCGUUUUCUAGCCGGUGGCGGUGCGGUGGAGAUUGCGCUCGCCCAGCAGCUGGCCGAGUACGCCGAUACGCUGCCCGGCCUGGAUCAGUACGCGGUGCGGAAGUUUGCCAGCGCUCUCGAGUUUUUCCCGAAAGCAUUGGCCGAAAACAGUGGCGUCAAUGCGACUGAUGUAGUCAACCAGCUGUAUCUGGCGCACAAACAGGGCAAGCGCACCGAAGGGUUCGACAUCGAGUCGGAGCAGCCGGCCACGACCGACGUGACGGCAAAGAAUGUUUUCGACCUGUACACCACGAAGUAUUGGGGUCUGAAGUAUGCGGUCGGAGCCAGCUGCACCAUCUUGAAGGUGGAUGAAAUCAUCAUGGCGAAGCGAGCUGGUGGUCCUAAACCUCGCGCCGGCGGUCGUGGCAGCGACGAUGAGUCGUAAACGUCGAUGAAUUCGUUCGGGCUAUUUUUACAAAAAGUCUAAUCAUAACCUCUAUCAUAACCGAUUUCACACGCUUGUUGCACCCUGCUAAUUCGUUCACUUAACAAACUGCACACUGCAAGAACCCCCACGUGUUGGCUGACGCGUUUCGUUUUUCAUUUGCUACCCUUAAUCAUUCGAAUGCUGAGCGAUGGCGGAAAUAAAAAUCAUUUCACAAUAAAGCUAGAGCCCAACAAAGACGCUGGUCGGGCUUUACAUACUGCCCUUGGAAAGGGCCAUUU